AGUUCCAGUUCGUCCUCUGAGAGCGAGACUGAGAGCGAGAGUGAGAGUGAAAGCGAUGACAACAGGACACAGAAGACCAGAAGAACUAAUAAGAAAGUGAGUUAUAAGGAGCACAGCGACCACACAGACUCGGAUGACUUGGUCCAAGUGGACUGGACGGCGUACGAGGCCGACACCGAGACCGGUGAGACCGUCGAGAGGAUAUUCGAGCACCGCGUCGGUAAGAAAGGCGCCACAGGACUGGCCACCACUCCCUAUCAGGUGGAAGAUAACGGCGAUCCAAACGAUGGUAACUGUGAAGAAGAAGAUAAAGAAAUGCAAUUCUUAGUGAAGUGGAAGGGAUGGUCUCAUUUGCACAACACAUGGGAAACGGAAGAGUCACUCAAAGAAGUGAAUGCAAAGGGUAUUAAGAAAGUGGAGAACUAUUUGAAGAAAGAAGAAGAGAUAAGAAUUUGGAGGCAAACGACGGCAACGCCCGAAGACAUGGAUUACUAUGACUGUCAGGAGGAGAUGGCUCUUCAGUUGAGA